CGAUGAUGCGUUAGUUUCUCUAUCGGGGCGAGGGGCAUGGCCUCCAUAGUCAAUUGAGUGACGGUGUAUCAAAUGCCCCGUCGCAUGUCCGGUCCCCAAUAAUAAAUUGCGAUGGUGGGAUGGCUGUUAUCAUGUCAUAUAACCUGGGUACCGCGGCAUAUCCCCGCCGCACCCCUCUGAUAAAUCCAGUCCCGUGGGCGAGUGAUCACCUUUUGCUCGGUCAAACACCAUGGACUUCGAACUUAUAAACAAUCUACUCGCUGAGGCUAAGGCCUCCAUUGACGAGUUCCAGACUAAUGGCGUUGAAGACACCCGCAUCGAGGCACAUGAAAAGGUGGUACAGCUGGCGCGGGCGCUGGAGAAACCGAGAGACGCGAUUUUGAAGUUAUCAUUUUCCCCUACCGUGUUCAUGGCCGUGAAGGUGGCUCAUGAUAUGAGUGUGUUCCCUAUACUCAACAAGUCAGCGGUUCCAGUAUCGGUGGAGGAGCUGGCGGCUGCGAAACCUGCGGAUCCGUUAUUAGUCGAGCGAAUCAUGCGCCUCCUCGUCGCGAACGGUUUCGCCGAAGAGCCCGAACCAUGCAAAUACCUCCCUACCCCCCUAUCGGAAGAGAUGACUCAACGAACCUCGAUCGGAGUCGUAGAGUCGCUAUUCCUCGAAUUCCUCCCCUCCAUCCAAAAGACCCCCGAGUACCUACAAUCCACCGGAUACCGCAACCCCGAAGACCCGAUGUACGCACCGCUCCAAUACGCAAACAACAUCAAAAAAGACGGAUUCGCCUGGCUGUGCAAGGACCCCGCCGCCCUGUCCCGCUUCAACAGUUUCAUGGAAGGACAGCGCGCCAACCGCGCCUUCUGGGGCGAUUGGUUCCCCGUCCGCGACGUGAUCCUCAAUGCACCCACUCUGAGUGCCGACCGCCCUCUUCUCGUUGAUAUCGGUGGUGGUCGCGGACAUGAUCUGCUGGAAUUCAAGACGCGAUUCCCAGACGCCCAGGGGAAGUUGGUUCUCGAGGACUUGCCAUCGGUGAUUGAUGAAGUGCGACAAGCGAAUGACCUUGAAGGGGCGGGGAUUGAGACGGUGAAAUAUGAUUUCUUUGCUGAUGUUCAGCCGGUUCAUGGUGCUCGCGUCUACUACUUUAAAUACGUCCUUCACGACUGGUCCGACGAAAAGGCUCAUAUUAUCUUCGACCACUUGAAGAAGGCGAUGGUCCCUGGGUACUCCAAAGUUUUGAUUGAAGAGUACAUUCUCCCUGACCGGAACGCACGUGCGGUCAACGGGAUGACGGACAUGGCGGUGAUGGUGUUCUGUGCUGGUCUGGAGCGCACACGGCAGCGAUGGUUGAAUCUGCUCGAGUCCGUCGGCCUACGAGUGAAUAAAUUCUGGACGCGUGGGGGAGAUGCGCUGGGGAUUAUCGAGGCCGAGGUUCCGGAGGAUCCUAACCAGAGGAAGAAUAUUGAGAUACAACUUGCAAAACCUGCAGGGACGCAGGGGAGGGAUUCGGAGGCGGUUUUAGAGUAA